UCACUCAGUAUAAAAAUAAUGUCAACACUCAGGAAUUAUACCAGAAAUUACUAUUGCAGAAUAGAGAACAUAUCUUAAAAUGACAUCUUCAAUGCGCUGCGUGUUCGAUAUACUAUUUGUGGUCGUUACUUUGUUCUAUCUGGUGGUCCUUCCCACGGAAUGUUGUCAGUGCUCAAACGCUACAAGAGAGGAACGAUAUUGUGACAGCGAUUUUAGUUUAGUUGGGAUGCCAGUCGGCAAAUUCCUGUCAGAUGAUAAAGUUUCUAUUGUCCAUGUCAUUCGAGUUCGCAUGCUAAAUCAUUUACCGCCGAGCGAGAGUCCCCGUUACGUAGAACUGGAGAGUCCAAUCAACGUCACGGGGUGUGGUGUACAGCUGGAAGCAGGACAAGAGUAUGUUUUUAACGCCAUAUUCCGGCCUGAGAUCAAUGAAAUUAGAGGAAGAAUCACAAAGUGUGGCUGGAACGAGAAAUGGGCACUAGUUCCAAAUUUCAUAAAAAUCCCACUACUUGGAGAUACAAUUAUAUGUCCUCAAUUACUUGAUCCUGUGGAUUAUCAUAUCUGAAAACAAGGGGAGAAUUAUAGUUUGUUUUAAUAGUUAUAUCAUUCCAAUAAUUGCAUAAAAUAUGAAAUGUAAUUUACAUUAAAACAGUAAAAAAUUAAACGAGAUGGUGUAUCAAAGUAGCUACAGAUUACUUUGAUUGCAUUGACAUGUACCUUGUAAUCCAUCUGAUUAAUAAAAAGUUAUGAAUUUUGA